CCGAAACUCUCUCCCUCGUCUCCACCUCUCUCCCACUGAGCUCCCAACCUUUCGGCAAUGGCGGCACUAUUCGAAUCAUCAUUCGCGACCCCAUUGUUCUUCUCUUCCAACGCUAACAACAACAACAGUGCUACUUCAAAAUCCCCCUCUCACGACCUCCGCUUCCACCACACUCACACUCACACUCACAGUCACACUCCUUCUUCUUCUUCUCCCUCCCUCCAGCCCCAACCCGAACAGGAAGCACACCCCGAACCGGAUUCUGACUCGACCCGUGACCGGCGCAGAGCCGUUCGGGUCGCGUGGGAGAAGCUGGUUCGGUGGUCGAGGUCGUGGCGCUCCAAGAACAAAACCGACGUCCUCGAACGCACCAAGAAGGUGGUUGUGCUUGGAGGGGGUUCGUUUGGGACGGCAAUGGCUGCUCAUGUUGCAAAUAGAAAGGCUGAAUUAGAGGUGAACAUGCUUGUUCGGGAUCCUCAAGUUUGCUUCUCUAUCAAUGAGAGGCACUGCAAUUGUAAGUACUUCCCAGAUCACUGGCUUCCGGAUAAUGUAGUUGCCACAACUGAUGCAAAAUCUGCUUUACUUAAUGCCGAUUACUGUCUUCAUGCUGUUCCUGUUCAGUUCAGUGCUUCGUUUCUUGAAAGCGUUGCUGAUUAUGUAGAUCCAAGUUUGCCAUUCAUAUCUCUUAGUAAAGGUCUAGAGCUGAAUACACUGAGGAUGAUGGCUCAAAUUAUUCCUCAAGCGCUACGGAAUCCACGCCAGCCUUUCGUUGCAUUAUCCGGACCUUCUUUUGCUCUUGAAUUGAUGAAUAAGCUACCAACAGCAAUGGUGGUGGCAUCUAAAGACAAAAAAUUGGCAAACAAAGUUCAGCAGUUACUAGCUUCAAGUCAUCUAAGAAUCAGCACAUCGAGUGAUGUUACAGGAGUUGAAAUAGCUGGUGCACUCAAGAAUGUUCUUGCAAUAGCUGCUGGCAUAGUAGAAGGUAUGAAUCUUGGUAACAAUUCGAUGGCUGCACUUGUUUCACAAGGUUGUUCGGAGAUACGAUGGCUUGCGACAAAGAUGGGUGCAAAGCCUACUACGAUAACUGGUCUAUCAGGAACUGGAGACAUCAUGCUUACAUGUUUUGUUAAUCUUUCACGAAACCGAACAGUUGGUGUUCGUCUUGGAUUGGGCGAGAAGCUUGAGGACAUUCUGAGCUCCAUGAAUCAGGUAGCGGAAGGUGUCUCGACAGCCGGAGCUGUGAUUGCUUUGGCCCAGAAAUACAAUGUUAAGAUGCCAGUGUUGACGGCAGUAGCACGAAUUAUCGACAAUGAACUCACCCCUAAGAAGGCUGUUUUCGAGUUAAUGAGCCUCCCACAGGUUGAAGAAGUAUGAAAACCUCAUCUCAGCAAACUUAGUGGCACCAAGCAACACCAUUGUUAUUUACCAAUUGCUUGUAAGACAUGGGUAUCUGCUCAAUUCUUUUCGCCAUUGCACUUUGUAUAGCUGAGCCUUUGAGUUUUGAUGACAACAAUUUUGCAGAAACUGGGAUUAUUUCCAGCAUAUACAGUUACUAAAACUAUGAGAAAUGUGCAGAUAAUAAUACAAUAAUAAUCUUACCUUGUUAUGGUAGUAAGCAAGAAUAUGAGCCAAGAAUGUGCCUCACUCUAUAAUUCAUAUCAUUGAUUUCAGCUGACUUAUGAGCUUCAAAGGCCUAUCAUGUCAUCCAAC